ACCAUGUCUGAUACAAAGCAACAAAAAGCACUCUUACUGAAGUCCAAGCACGGCCAAUUCGCUGUUGGUUUGAACAGCAUCCCGAAGCCCGGGAAGGAUGAGGUCUUGAUCAAGGUUUACUCUGUAGCCCUUAAUCCUAUCGACUACAAAGUUCAGGAAACCGGGAUGUUUGUCGACCACUACCCAGUAGUACUCGGUGAGGAUAUUGCUGGUACCGUCGACGAAGUGGGAGAAGGCGUUCUCAACUUCGCGAAGGGAGACAGAGUAUUCACGCAUGGCCAGUUUUCAAAUGAUAAAGCUGGUUUCCAACAGUUCGCACUUGGAGUUACGGAUUUCACUGCGAAGAUUCCGGAUAAUUUGGGAUAUGAUGACGCAGCCACUAUUCCAUUGGCCCUCGACACUGCUUCGACUGGCCUGUAUAAUAAAACCACGUACGGGUUUGGCCUCACGCCGCCUUGGGUAAAGGGCGGUAUCGGCAUGUACUCCGGGACUCCGAUCGUCAUUCUUGGUGGAGCGUCAGCUGUUGGGUCUUAUGUCAUUCAGCUGGCUCACCUCUCUGGGUUCUCUCCUAUCAUCACGACUGCGUCGCCUGCCCAUGAAGUGUACCUGAAGUCGCUUGGGGCUACCCAUGUAUUGAACAGGCACCUUUCUGCCGACGUUGUCAAGGCUGCUAUCAACGGAUUUACAAAGAACCCGAUCAAGUACGUGUAUGAUGCUAUUGCUCUCUCUGAGACACAGCAGGUUGGAUGGUCGAUCCUCGAUGCGAAAGGAUGCCUAGUUUUGACGCUUCCGGCAUCAGUCCAAGAAGACGAAGGAAAGGAACGCAAAGCUAUUAUGACAUUCGGAAGUCCACAUACGAAAGAAAACAAGGAGCUUUGCAAGGGGUUGUGGGCCAUUCUUUCGCAGUGGCUUGAAGCAGGGACCAUUAAGCCUCUUAGGUACGAAGUUCUUCCUGAUGGUCUUGAAGGAAUCAUCGGGGGGUUGGAACAAAUGAAGGCGGCGAAAGUAAGUGGGAAAAAGUUGGUUGCUCACCCGCAAGACACCAAGUGAGGCCAUACUAUGUGGUCGACGAGGAAGUCAAUGUGAUUUUCGUCUGGUUUGUCACUGUAUUUUUAUUCAAGUGCCGGCAUCGCAUCACUAUGUAUUAGUAAAUUAUUUCAAGA